CCCCCCACCACCACCAACGAAAAUAGCAUGGAGCUCGCUCGCGCGCGUGCCGUUCGCUCGCAUCACGAGCCAAGUGAAAACAUAUCGCGAUGUAGCGAUGCAGAUCCAAAUGUUCGACCGAGGGGGUUUUACCCAUUCGAAGCCUAUCUGGACUACCAGCCAGGCCUACCAACCAGCGCCACACAGCCACAGACCAAACUCACUUGAUGAGGUUCGCUCUGUCCUGCCUGUGUUCCUGGAGCGCCUCCGGUGCUGGCAUUUUCAGAUGAAGACUCCCUGGGCUUCCGCGUGGAUCUCGAUCAUCUCGAUCGGCCCCACCCGUGCCGCGGGCCCCUCGGCCUCCAGGCUCGGUAGGCCCCGCACGACCUCGGCGCACACGUCGGACGUCUGCCGCAAGCACCACCCGUGCAGCUGCGCGGCCUUCGCGAUCUCCUGGGGCCCGAGCACUUUGAGGGCGUCGAUGCGGACGAUGACGCAGGCUUCUGCCGCGCCCGCCAGGGAGCUGCACGGGAAGAGCGCGCGAGCGGCGCGGUAGACCGCCGCCAGCACCUGCAGAGCGCCUCCGGGGGGAGCAAGAGAUGCCAGAUACCGCCACUCCCCAAACCCUCCCCGGAACGCACUGGCCAGAACCUCGAGGAGAGCCCCGCUUCCAGUGGCAACUCAUGGAAGCCGUCC